UUAAAUUAGAACAGCUCAAAUGCGCGUGCUGAAAUUUACCCUCAUAAUCUGUACGAUUGCUGGAUUCUGGCAACCGCCUCCAUGGACAUCCUUGUUUAAACACAUAAUUUACAAAACUUACGCAAUGUUUCUGAUCCUUUCGUUAUAUAUAUUUUCAAUAUCUCAAUUUAUGGACAUCGUACUGAAUGUCGAUAACUCGGACGAACUCACCGAUUCAUUGUACAUGAUGUUGACCGUAUUUGUCGCGGGGUAUAAACAAAUUUGUUUGUGGGUAGAUCAUAAAAAUGUCACGAUAAUAAUAAAUGCUCUCGACAAGAAACCAUUUGGUCCAUGUGAAUCGCACGAAAUAAUAAUUCGACAGAAAUUUGAUAAAAUGGUACAGAAUAAUACGCUGCGGUAUUUAACUCUCGUGGGUACAGCUGUCGUCUCAGUAAUUUUAUCAUCCAUCUUCAUGGAUUUCUCAAAAGGGAAUUUAACAUAUAGAGCCUGGAUACCGUUCGAUUAUUCAACCCCUGUUACAUUUACUCUCGUAUACACUAACCAGAUGAUAGGCAUGUCAACUUCCGGUUUAGUGAACGUCGCUUGCGAGAGUCUGGUUUGCGGGCUUUUACUGCACAUAUGUUGCCAGAUCGAGAUACUGGAAUACCGAUUAAAAAAAAUCAAUCAGAAUCAAAGCAUUCUGCGCGAUUGUAUUAAUCAUCACAAUGAUAUAAUUAAAUAUGCGUAUACGGUAAAUAUCAUGUUCGCGAAAAUAAUUGCUGUCCAAUUCGCGGUGAGCAUGAUGGUGGUGUGCUCCAAUUUAUAUCGAAUAGCUAUGGCAUCGGAUUAUUUAAAAUUCAUUCCAUUGAUGUUGUAUACAGGCUGCAUGUUAGCACAGAUUUUUAUCUAUUGCUGGUUUGGAAAUGAAGUCAAAUUGAAAAGCCUUCACUUGGCGAAUAGUGUUUAUAAAAUGGAUUGGCUAGAACUUAGCGAUACCAGCAAGAAGGGUCUACUAAUAAUUAUGAAACGUUCGACGGCCCCCAUUGAAUUUAGUAGCGCUUAUGUUGUCACGAUGAAUCUUGAAUCGUUCGUAGCUUUACUUAAGAUGUCAUAUUCGGCUUUCAACUUGCUACAUCAAACGCAAGAAUAAUAACGUAUUUCUUAAAUAGA